AUGGCCCUCUUUAUUCAUCCUUUGGUCUUUCAGAGUCAAGACAUUACCAUCUCAGACUGGAUCAGUGUUCUCACUCUGUGUUUGGCACCUCUCAUCGCCCACGUUCUCAUCGGCGCGCCUUCACCAACGUAUCUCUCACUCAGUCGCCCACCAUGGCACGAGCGUCUCUGCCACUAUAACCCCACCUCUAUCCUCUGGCGAUACGCUAUGGUCACUGAUCGCAGAAUCCGUGCAAAGAACUGGGACAGGAUCGAUCUUGCUGCUACGAAUGCCCUGUUUUGGACUGAUGAAGGAUGGGAUGGAAGCGAGGAGAUCAUCCAAUACAGCCGGCCGCGGUGCGUUCAGCUUCCUGAUGAUGAUAGAGUGACGUUUCUGUCUAGAGACGCGUUCAAAACUCUCAUCAUUACUGUACAAGGACUUCAAGCUAUCAUUCUACUACUCGGCAGCCAGAUUGACCCUGCUGCGCCAGGGUUCACCGUGUUUAUGGGCGUCGACAUUAUCUUCUUUCCGGUGGCUCUUUUUGGUCUAUUAAGACUCUGCAGCUGUAUCUGGUUAACUGACGAAUUCUCUUUCGCUUCCAUGGAAGACGUCCCCUUAGGGACACCUCAGAUGAUCGAUUGCAGCACUGCAUCAUUUGAGCUGUUGACUACCAACCCUUCACUAUCGGGCCCACAAAGAUAUCACAAUACCUCAUUCUGGGGUAGCAGAGUAUUCCGAACCGCUUAUGUUGUCGCUCAACUUGCCCUGAUUGCUCUUGCCUUGUCCUUCAUUGUGACUCUCGGAGGUUCAUUCUUUUACACAUUCACUACCUUUGUCGUUAUCCUCUUUUAUUUGUUUGUUAUUGGUGUGUCAGCACUGAUUACCAUCUGGUAUAUUGGCGUCAAAUCUUCACGGUCGACUGUCCUACCAUGCAUCUCCUCGGUUUGGUACAAGUUCUACACUGGAUUAAUGUUGGGGUUUGGAAUUGCCCUCAUUGUCAUUGCUUGCAUCGAGACGCGCAAAACUCCGUGUGGAAAGUUUACAAGUGGUACGGGGUGGCAGGCAGAUGCCAUGGCCUGCAUGGGUAACGCUUUCGACAAGACUGAAACGAGAGCGGUUGUUGAUGGCCCGUAUAAUGGAACGGCUUGGUAUGGAUUCAUGCACGCGAAGAAUUCCAGUUUCGUGCAGGCUGAGUAUGUGGAUGAGCACAACCACAGUUUCAACUUCACCAGGAUGUGCUUCAGUAGUAUGUAUGGGAUCUAA